GAUUGUCAACAUUGAAGCAUCGUCAGCUCCACACUCAACUAACAUUUUUGUGUUUUACGUGUUUAUCAAAGGGGUAUAUUGAAACACAGGAUGGCUGAAGAGGAUGACGAUUACAUGUCUGAUGCUUUUCUCAGUCAAAUAUCUGACGUUAGGCCAGGUAUGCCAAUGGUGAAACGGAUGAAAGACGCGAUUAAAAAAGAGGCCAUGAUAAAAGAGAAGAAUCAACAGAGCCGUCAGAAAACCUAUAAGGAGCAGGAGCGGGAGAGUCGUGACACAGUUUUACAGACAUCUAUCAGCAAUGAAAAUAAAGGUUUUGCAAUGCUGCAAAAAAUGGGAUACAAAGCAGGCCAAGGACUUGGCAAAAAAGGAGCUGGGAGAGUUGAACCAAUUCCUAUGAACAUUAAAACAGACAGAGGAGGUGUUGGAAUGGAGGAAGUGAAGAAAAGGAAGGCUGAAGAGGAACUCCAACAUUACCGACAGAAGGUUCGAGUAAAACAACAAGUGGAGAAACAGUCACUGGAGGACUUCAGAGUAAGGAAGAGAACAGAGAGAGAAGAACGGCAGACGGAAGGUGACCUGAGGCGGAGUCAGAGGGCCUGUGAACAACUCGAUAGCCAGAAGGGAAUCACUGUUCCUCGGGAAUGUUGGUAUUGGCCAGAAAAAGAGAAGGAGGAGGACGAAGAUGAAGAGGAAGAGGAAGAGGAAUGCAAGAAAGAGGAGGACGAGGAGGAUGAGGAAGAGUUAACAUCUUUAGAUAAGCUACACUUUCUCACAUCUUACCUGAGGGGUGUGCACUUUUACUGCAUAUGGUGUGGAACAACAUACAAUGAUGAGGAAGAUCUGGAUUCAAACUGUCCUGGAGAUACAUCAGCAGACCAUGAUGAUUGACAUUGUUGAGGACUUUAUAUAUUUUCUACUCUCUGUUUCACAAUAAAAUAUGUAUAUGAACACAUUACAUGUAAAUACAAGUUUAGUGUAUUUGGACUAAUAAUUAUGUGCAUCCUUGUUUGUCAUUGUUCUGCUGUGUUUUGUUUAAUUAAAAUAUUGUCUAAGCCUA